AUGACUUCGAAGAUGCUCAUUCUCAUAAGCUGGAGUGCCGUAAUCCUGAUCACGUCUGCUUGUACUCCCACAACAAGCGACACGCCAGUUGAGGAAACUCGGAGACGACGUGAUGUUUCUGGUUCGGAAACGUCAUUGGUCUCGGUUACAAUCGUCAGUACUCAACCAUGGAAUCCGGUGACCAAUGAUGCCAACUUGAGCAGUGUUCGUCAGCUUAUUCAAUCAUUCGAACUCCAACAUGGUAUUCACUACGAUACUGAUCGUCUUCAACAUGAGACUCGGAACAUUGGAGGGAAACUAGCUGUUCACUAUCAACUUAAUGAAAAUUGCGAAAAAGUAAAUGCGUUUGUUGAAGAAAUUCGCAAGGCUUAUUCUAAUCACAUUCAAUAUGGAUUGGUGGUCUGUCCUCAUCAACCUUUGUCUGUCUUCUAA